GUUAUCUGGAUCUUUCUUGCUUGGAAAAGAACAAAGGCAAUUAAAGAAAUGUUACAUAUUCAUUAAACGGACUGCAUAUUCAAGAGCUGAAAGUGUCAGCUAAGCCAGCCCUGAAGGCAUGAUGACAAUGAAAGUGACAACAACCAACUUGAAUCUAAACAAGCCUGAGAGAGGUGUGUUUUCUCAGCGGCGCUGCCUCUCAGAGUGGCCGCCAUUAGGAAUUGUAUCUGAGGUUCACCUCUAGUCAACUAAGAUCACACUGGAAAUCCCAAUUUAAAGUGGUUGCAUAAGCCACCGUGUUGGCCAGUGGAAGUGGGAGCUUUGCUGUAGACGCUAUGUCUGCCCUCAGACCUGUGGUGAAACCUAAGAUCGUCAAGAAGAGAACCAAGAAGUUCAUUCGUCAUCAGUCAGAUCGCUAUGUCAAGAUCAAGUGCAACUGGCGUAAACCAAGAGGUAUCGAUAACAGAGCUCGCCGGAGGUUCAAGGGCCAAAUCUUGAUGUCCAACAUUGGUUAUGGUAGCAAUAGAAAGAUGAAACACACGCUGCCCAGAGGAUUCAAAAAGUUUCUGGUCCACAAUGUCAAAGAACUUGAGGUGCUGAUGUUGAGUAACAAGUCUUAUUGUGCAGAGAUUGCUCACAACGUUUCCUCCAAGAAUCACAAGGUAAUUGUGGAACAAGCAGCUCAGCUUGCUAUCAAGAUCACCAAUCCAAAUGCCUCAGCUCUACAAGCAAGCUGCCACAGACAGAGAAGAUUUGGGAAGAAACCAACCGAAGGAAAACCUCCCCAAGACCUCAACAUGGAUUGA